AUGGAUUUCAUGUACUGCCAUUGUAUGCUGCGCUUUUUGCGGGAGACGAUCAGUGUAUUGCGAUGGAAUUUUACAAGAACACCUGAGUGCUCUCAAGAAGAUGAGUGCAGAAAGGAUUUGUCUGCCUUGGUACACAUGCUAAAGCUUGCUUUGCAGCUUCUUGAGGACCACAAAUUUGUGGAUAUGCGCUUGUUGCAGAGCAGCGAAGAUACCCAAGUGACUGCUGAUCGCAUACUCAAGGCAAUCACUGUUUUUGCAUCGAAGUGGAAUAUGCCUGGGGCUAAGCUGCUUCCAAGUGUUGUGCCUACAGAGUACUGUCAACGUGACAAAGAACAGUUGACUAAGUACUUGGCACAUGUGCUUGGGAUCGAGUCCUCUUCCUUUGAGGCAUCUCCUGUGCAUGUCAAGGAAGAAUGGGAAUUGGCAAAAGAACAGCUUUUGGAGAGAAUGACGUGUGAGCUGGCCGUCAUACCCAAGUUGGAGAUAACUUUUGGAAAUCGACUGGGAAGUAAUGUGCAUGAAGCUAGCUGGAAAGGCAGCAAGGUGGCCACAAGACAGGUUGUCCCAACUGGGGAGCAAGAAAUGGACAUCGAGAAAUUUGCCAAGCUGUACACAAAGGCAGUCGUCCAGAUUUCAGCAGAAACAAAAUAUGUUGUGAAAGUGCAUGGAGUCACAAGGUCAGGAGCAUUGGUGAUGGAUUUGGCAAAGUGCAACUUACAGCAGUGGUACCGAUCAAGUUGUGCCCUUGUUGCUGCAAAGCUUGUGAUGCUGGCCCAAGCAGCACAGGCACUGCUUUCACUGCACAAUAGUGGCAUUGUGUAUGUGCAUGUGAAGAGCUCCAAUUUUCUGAUCUUCGAUCAGAAUGCUGAGGACUAUGAAGAUAAUCCUGUGAGGCUGGCAAUACUGUCUUCAGAGGAUAGUGACUUGGAUAUGGCUCACAGCACCAUACAAACGGCACGCUGGAUGCCCGCAGAGCUCUAUGAAGGUGAGGCCCCAAGCAUGAAGACAGACGUUUACAGUUUUGGGGCAGUUUUGUACGAGCUCGUGAUGGAGGAGGUGCCAUACGGGAGGAGCAGCACCGAAGCAGAGGUGUUGAGAGCUAAACAGAACCGGCAGCCGCCAUUUCGAAUACCACAGAGAGUGGAGCAAUUGUGGCCAGGCGAUGUGCUGGACUUGAUGAUGAGGUGCUGCUCCCACGAUCCAGACAGAAGACCUUCCAUGAGGGAGGUGCAUGAGUGCCUGCAAGAACACUGCCCUCCAUCUCAGCCAGCAAGCCAGGAGCACAUUCCACUAGUCUCAUCUGCUGAGCACCCGCACCCCAGAGCCCAAGGUAUCAAGUGGACCGCUAGGCAGCUGCCAGCAGAUGCACAUUUGAGGGAUGAAGACCCCUUGCUAGGACAUGAGCGCUACCACACAGUACGCAUCUUGUCCUCAACUGACCACGCUCUGCUAGUGGUAGCAGCUGAUGCACAUCGAGGUGGCAAACUGGUGGCUGUGAAGCUGUUUGUGAGGCAGGGGGAUACGAAGGUCAAUGUCAAAUGCAUCUCCACCCAUCAUCCGCAUGUUAGUCGUCUGAGGGAGGUGUUCAGCUGGCGGGGUGCACUGGGCGUGGCGAUGGAGCUUGCGGACCGAGGCAACAUGCGGGACUACAUGACAUCUUGCGGGGAUUGUGCUCUGGAUGAGGUUGUCGCACGUUUCUAUUUCCAACAGCUUGUGCUGGCGGUGGACUACUGCCACAGGCGGGGAUUUGCAGUGGGGGAUCUCAAGCUGGAGAAUCUGCUUCUAUCAACCGCCUCGGACCCAGGUGCAACAUACCCUGUGCUAUGGAUUUCAAACAAACUUGGCAUGGCUGUGAACGUGGACCCCGAGCAGCAGAAAAGGUACGGCGACAGUACCUCGGGGAAGAUCCCUGACUACACGGCCCCAGAGAAGCUCCUGGGGAUCUCCACGAACGGCAUGUUGGCUGACGUGUGGUCAUGCGGCGUCCUCCUUUAUGUUAUGCUCGUCGGUCGCUUUGCCUUCACUGGCACGCGGUUCAACAACGUCCCGGUCCUCAGUGCAGUGGACAUGCAGGACAUCUGUACACGUAUCCAGAGAUCUGAGUACGUCAUCCCCCCGUCAGUUUCUGGUGGCAGCGCGGACAUCAUUCGCGCAUGUCUGGCGGUCAAUCCUGACGCACGAAUCACCAUCGACGACAUUUUGGAGCACCCCUGGUUUCAGACGGGCCUUCCUCAGAGGGCGGUCGAACUCAACAUCCGGAUUCUGAUCGAGGAGGCAGAGCGCUAA